AUGUCGGGUGAACUUCAGACUAUACCUGCGCGCCAUGGGGCUGCGACUUUUGUGCCCCGAGGCAGGACGAUCAAGGUUAUUAAUACGUAUGGGAAGCAGGUAGUCAGUAUGUGGGCUUUUACUCUGGGUCCGCCGCCUGAGGAAGGAGAGGGAGAGGAGUUGAAUGAGGAGGAAAUUAAGAAAGAGGCAGAGGAGGUAAAGAAGGUGGUUGAAGAGGGCGAAAAGCAGGAGGUAGAGACGGCAAAGGAAGAUAAGGAGGUCAAGAAGGAGAGUGAAGGGGGUGAAAGUAAGGAGAAUAAAGAGGACAAAGACGGCGAGAAGGAAACACAGUCGAAGGACGGCGAAAAGGAGACACGUUCGAGUGAGGAUACUGCCAACGAAACAAGUCAAGAAUCUCAAACUCCUUCCGAAAAAGCGACAGAUACCCCCGAGAAUGAGAAGAUGACGGAAUCAACCGAGUCACCAUCCAAGCAACCUGCUAAACGCACUUGGGCGUCUUACCUCCCCUCGAUUCCCUACCGCAACAAAGGUGCAGCGAACAAGCAAGAGGUGGAACAAAAGCCCAGUGCCGAGCAAUUGAAGAAACAGAACGAGGAGAAUACUAAGAAAUGGUCUUCAUAUCUACCCACAGGCAAGAGUUUCUCAAGCUACGUGCCCAAUGUCGAAGUCCCAGACUCCAAGUCUGUCAUAAGCGCAUUUAAGUCAAGUCACUACCGAGACCCAAACAAGAGCUAUGCGGAACAACUGUACGACUUUUCCAAGACACCUGUGGGCGCAGGAACAAUGGCUGCUGCCACCGGCUCCGGUUACGCAUCCUCCGUGUACGCCGCCUAUUCAGCCUACGCCUCGAUGCACCCCUCCAACUCCUCCCAACCCCCCAUGGAAUACCUCUCCCUCCCCCACACGCGCACCGCCUCGCACAAACUCGUCCCAGAAGUCAAUGACGAGCUCCUGACCAACCUCCGCAACCCCAUCCUAACCCUCAUCGAAGACACCUCCCCUGGCGCCCACGACACCCUCACCGCCGCCUGCGACGCCAACCAGUACGCCGCGCUCGGCAUCGACAAGCCCGCCGAACACGGCAGCUGCGCUGAGAACCUCGUUCUCGCCCUCAAAGAAAUAAACGAGACGUCUGGCCUCAAAGGCGCAAAAGCGGUUGGCGCGGAUAUCACGGUUAACAUUGCGCCGACGCCGCUUCACCUCUUUAUGAAUGCGCCGCUGCAUGCUGAGGGUGAUAUUCAUGAUGAUGGCGCGGGCGCAAAGGGUGUCACACUUAGUGUUGAGGAGCCGCAUGGCAAGAAGAGGUGUUAUGUUAGAUUCCGGGCUGAGCGGGAUGUUGUGGUGGUGUUUAGUGCUUGUCCGAUGGAUGUGGGCAAGCAGAAUGGAGGGAGGUGCAUGGCGAGUAAUUUUAUGGUGGAGGAGGUUGGGGCAGGGGAGGAUAAAGCGGGAUCUGGGGUGGAGGGGAAGAAGGAGGAAGGGAAAGGGGAUGUAGGGAAGGAAGAGGAGAAGGAGAAGCCGAGUAAGGAGCCGAAGCCUAAGAAGAAGCCGAAGAAACUUGAGGUGAGGAGUCAGUCUACUGCUCCUGUGUCGUCGUAA